CUUGUGAUAACUACUAACAGUAGCUCAUGUUCGAACAUGCUGAGAAAUGAUCAUUACUCUCUUAUCACCAAUCUCAAUCAACAACAAGAAGUGACUGAACUAACUAACAAACCAAACCAUUCAACCAUGUCCGACUCCAUCCCCUCAGCGCACGCCGACCCCGACCCCGCCGAGCAACCGCUCCCCGCCAACGCCGAGGACCGCAAAGCCGCCGCCGCCCUCUCCUCCCUCCAUACCAACGAGAUCGCCGCCACCGACUCCCCGACCAAGCAACCCUCGUCCGCCGACCAGGAGGCCUUGGGCAAGGCCAUGAGCCGGCUCGAGAUCGCAGCCGGUCACCCUGCGGGCAACAAGCGGGCGGGGACGACGCAGCAGGGUAAGGAGGGAGGGGAGCUGGUGAAGAAGAAGGCCGUCAAGGUCAGCGCCGACGACGUCAAUCUUCUGGUGGAUCAGUUGGAUUUGAAUAAGCUCAGGGCCACGGAGCUGUUGAAGGCCCACGAGGGGAAUGCGGCGCAGGCGAUCAAGGCGUUUAUUACGCCUGCGACGCUUGCACGUUGAGGCUGCGGGUCAGUCGGGUUUGAAAGUGGGGAUGGGCCGGCGGCUGGAUGGGCUGGAUCUAUGCAGGAGAGGAGGCGUUGUUGGUUCGGAGUUCCAUUUAUCCAUUGAAAUGACAAAAUCUAUGAAUGCUAUGAAUUAAUAUGC